AUGAUCCCGAUCCCGUUGGGAUCGACCCCAGCCCCUCCGGAUCUCUCGUUCCCGAUCCAGGUGCAGGGACAAGCCGGAGUGAAAUUCCAGAACUGGGCCGGAACGUACGGAUCCUCUCCGGAGCUUUUCUUCCGGCCCCGCUCCGUGGAGGAAAUCCGCGAGAUCCUGGAGCUGGCGCGGCAGCGGGGGAAGCGGGUGAAAGUGGUGGGGGGGGGUCACUCCCCCUCGGACAUCGCCUGCUCCGAGGAUUUCAUGAUCCACAUGGGAAAAAUCAACCGGAUCCUGCAGGUGGACAAGGAGAGGCUGCAGGUGAAGGUGGAAGCAGGAAUUCUCCUCUCGGAGCUGAACCCGGAGCUGGAUAAACAUGGAAUGGCCCUGGCCAAUUUAGGAGCCGUGUCCGAGGUGACGGCAGCCGGAGUCAUCGGCACCGGGACCCACAACACCGGGAUCGGCCAUGGAAUUCUGCCCACCCAGGUGGUGGCCGUUUCCCUGCUCCUGGCCUCGGGAGAAAUCCUGGAAUGUUCGGAAUCCGUCAAUCCCGAGGUUUUCCAGGCGGCCCGGCUCCAUUUGGGAUGUUUGGGAAUCGUCACGUCCGUCACGUUCCAGUGUGUUCCGCAAUUCCGGCUGCGCGAGGUCGCCUUUCCCUCCACCCUCACCCAGGUCCUGGAUGAACUGGAGGAGCACCUGAGGAGAUCCCAAUAUUUCCGCUUCCUGUGGUUCCCGCACUCCGAAAACGUCCGGAUCAUCUACCAGGAUCCCACUUCCAAGCCUCCCUGCUCCUCCUCCAGCUGGUUUUGGGAUUACGCCAUUGGAUAUUAUCUCCUGGAAUUCCUCCUCUGGAUCAGCUCCUUCAUUCCCAGCCUGGUGGUUUGGAUCAACCGCGUCUUCUUCCGGCUGCUCUUCAAUUCCCGCGUGGAAAACGUCGCCCGGAGCCACCGGAUCUUCUCCUAUGAGUGUCGCUUCCGGCAGCACGUCCAGGACUGGGCCAUUCCCAUCGAGAAAACCAAGGAAGCGCUGCUGGAGCUGAAGGCGGCGCUGGAGCGGAAUCCCGGGAUGGUGGCGCACUUCCCGGUGGAGAUCCGCUUUUCCCGGCGGGAUGAGAUCCUGCUGAGCCCCUGCUUCCGGCGGGACUGCUGCUACAUCAACGUCAUCAUGUACCGGCCCUACGGGAAGGACAUUCCCAGGAUCCGCUACUGGCUCGCCUACGAGGAGAUCAUGAGGAAACACGGAGGGAGACCCCACUGGGCCAAGGCUCACAGCUGCACGCGGAAGGACUUGGAGAAGAUGUAUCCGGCAUUCCCGAAAUUCUGCGCCAUCCGGGAGAAGCUGGAUCCCACCGGAAUCUUCCUCAACGCCUACCUGGAAAAAGUCUUUUUCUGA